GGAGCGGCGGGUCCGGGCCGGUCGGCGGUGGAUGGAGGCUCCAGACCGCCGGGUCUCCCGCCCCAGCCUGGAAUGUCCUGGGGAGCCGCCACCGAGAGGGAGCGGGGCCGCGGCGGAGGAGGAGGAGGAGAGGCGGCUGGCGAGAGCUGUUUCAGUGCCUCCUCUUAAUCCUCAGCCUUUCAGCCGGUGGGAGCUGGCGCUAUGCAUCCGCAUCCCGGGCACUUCCAGGCACUGCUCUGCAUCACUGCUCUCACCACUGCUCUCACCACUGCCACCAGGUCAGAUUUAACUCCUCACUUUCUCUCUGAGCCUUUAUCUACUGUCCAGAAGCCUGGUGGGCCCGUCCACCUCCACUGCUCAGCUGCACCCUCCACAGCUGGCCUCUCCUGGCUCUUUAAUGGGGAACCCCUGGCCAACAAGGUGGGAGAAGUGGAAAUCCAGUCAGGAUCUUUGACAAUCCUCUCCCUCAGCCUCUCCACCUCCGGGCAGUACCAGUGUGUGGCCAACAGCAGCACAGGUGCUGUCCUGAGCAGCCCUGCCACUGUCUCCAUGGCCAGUUUGGGUGAUUUUGCCCUGGCAGUGAAAGCUGCUGUCUCUGCAGAGGAGGGAAGCUCAGCUCUCAUCAGCUGCAAGGUGCCUGUAAGCCACCCAAAAGCACAGGUUCGCUUCCAAGUGCAGGGCAGAUGGCUGGAACAAUCAACAGACAACUACCUAAUUCUUCCAUCUGGAAACCUGCAGAUUUUGAAUGUAUCCUUAGAAGACAAAGGAUCCUACAAGUGUGCAGCCUACAACCCAGUUACUCAUGAUUUCAGAGUAGAGCCCACUGGACAGAAGCUCAUAGUCACACGUGAGUAUUCAGGCCCUUCCUCAGGUGGCUUCCACAUCCUGCACCCGCUGUCCCCCCAGAGCCUGGCAGUGCCCCAGCACAGCCCCCUGACCCUGGAGUGUGUGGUGGGGGGGUCACCCCCUCCUGCCUCCCUCCGCUGGGUUAAAGAUGGCCGAGAUGCCCUGAGAAGAGGCAGGUGGAAACUGCUGCACUCCCACCUGGUGACAGACAGGCUGGAGGCCUCAGACUCUGGGAAUUAUUCCUGCCUGGUGGGGAGUGGAUCUGGAGAAGUGAAAUACGUGAACUAUUCGCUGACUGUGCUUGAACCUGUCUCCAUCUCCAAGGGUCUGCAGGAUGAAACCACCACUGCUGGAGCCACCGUGACUUUUUGGUGUGAGGCCCAGGGAAGCCCUGCUCCCACCUGGACCUGGCUGCACAAUGCUGCUCCCCUCCUGCCCUCUCCCCGCCACCAGCUCCUGGGCAGCCGCCUGCGGAUCCGCGGGGUCACCCCGGGGGACUCGGGCUGCUACCAGUGCCUGGCAGGCAAUGGUCUUGGGUUUGCACACUCCACUGGGAGGCUUCAUGUCCAGACAGGCAAAGGCUCCAGGCCAGUUAUAGUCUCUCCCCCAGUGAGUGUCACCGUGAGGGACGGCGGGGACGUCACCUUCUCCUGCAAUGCCACUGGGCUGCCCCUUCCCCUCAUACGUUGGUAUGACAGCAGAGGACUCCUCCACCACCACCCUUCCCAGGUGCUUCCCUCAAAACCACAGCCCCUUCCUCUGGAUCCCACCUCCUCCUCCCUGUCCCAGCCGGGCUGGAGCUCCUUGCAUGUGAGGAAUGUGACACCCGAGCGUGCCGGGGAGUACAGGUGUGAAGCCAUCAACCAGCACGGCUCCACGGUGUCAAAAGCCUUCCUCACAGUUGUUCCUCCAGAAACCGCAGAGCUCCCCGUGGAGGUUGCUCAGAGGGAUGAGAGUGAAGGGGAUUUGGGUGCAGAAACGGCGUUUCCGAGCGUGCCUCCUGCCAGAUCCCCGCUGGGUGCAGCCCCCCCCGAGGCCCCCAUCAUCCUCAGCCCCCCACAGACCCUGAAGCCCGACGUGUACCACCUGCUCUGGCGCUCGGGGCGGGACGGGGGCUCCCCCAUCAACGCCUAUUUCGUCAAAUACCGAAAGCUAGAGGACAGCGUGAGCUCGGCAGGCGGCUGGCAGACGGUGCGCGUCCCCGGCAGUGAGAACGAGCUGCGCCUCACCGAGCUGGAGCCCUCCAGCCUCUACGAGGUCCUCAUGGUGGCCAGGAGUGCUGCUGGGGAGGGACAGCCUGCCAUGCUGACCUUCCGUACCAGCAAAGAAAGAACAUCGUCCUCGAAAAACACCCAGCCUCCCUCUCCCCCUCUGGGCCUCCCCAAACACUCUGUGGUGCAUGAAGGGACAAAUAAUUUUGGAGUCAUCCUCCCAGACCUGUCUCGACACAGCGGAGUGCCAGAAGCUCCUGACCGACCCACCAUCUCCACAGCAUCAGAAUCAUCUGUCUAUGUCACCUGGAUACCCCGAGCCAACGGGGGCUCCCCCAUCACUGCCUUCAAGGUGGAGUACAAACGCCUGGGCCGCAGCAGCGACUGGAUGGUUGCAGCUGACAACAUCUCUCCUUCCAAGCUCUCUGUGGAGGUUCGGAGCUUGGAGCCAGGAGAGAUGUACAGGUUCCGGGUCAUUGCCGUCAACACCUACGGGGAGAGCCCGCGCAGCGCGGCCUCGCGCCCCUACCAGGUGUCGGGCUUCACCGGACGCUUCUCCAACCGCCCCAUCGCCGGCCCCCACAUCGCCUACACCGAGGCCAUCAGUGACACCCAGAUCAUGUUGAAAUGGACAUACAUCACAUCGAGCAACAACAACACCCCCAUCCAAGGCUUCUACAUCUACUACCGGCCCACCGACAGCGACAACGACAGCGACUACAAGAGGGACAUUGUGGAAGGUACCAAGCAGUGGCACUUGAUAAAUCACCUGCAGCCUGAAACCUCUUAUGACAUUAAGAUGCAGUGCUACAACGAGGGGGGGGAGAGCGAGUACAGCAACGUCAUGAUCUGUGAAACCAAAGUCAAACGGGUGCCAGGAGCAUCUGAAUACCCCCUGAGGGACCUCAGCACCCUCCCAAGCCCCCCAGAGAGGGUUGGGGGCAGCGGGAGCAGCGCGUCCCAUGGCCCCGUGCGGAGCAGUGACAUGUUGUACCUGAUUGUGGGCUGUGUCCUGGGCGUGAUGGUCCUCAUCCUCAUCAUCUUCAUCGCCAUGUGCCUCUGGAAGAACCGCCAGCAGAACACCAUGCAGAAGUAUGACUCUCCUGGCUGCCUCUACCAAGGAGCAGAGCAGAUGCUGGAUUACACCACCCUGCCUGGCACCAGCCGGGUCACUGGCAGCAUCCACAGCAGCUUCCUGGGCAACGGCUGCCCCCACCUCCACCACCAAGUUGGGAAUGGCACCAAUGGGAUGAUGAAGGGAGGAUCUGGGCUCUACCCAGGGACCCACGUGGACUGUGAACAUCCCCACCAGCUCCUCAAUGGUGGGGGGCUCUACACAGCAGUGCCCCAGGCUGACCCCUCCGAGUGCAUCAGCUGCAGGAAUUGUCACAACAACAACAGGUGUUUCACCAAAACCAACGGCACCUUUGGCAGCACCACUCUGCCCGCCGUGCCCAUCGUCGCACCUUAUCAGCAGGAAGGGUUGGAGAUGAAACCUCUGAACCCCCACGUCAUGGUGGCCAUGUGCUUGGCCUCCAGCAUCCCGGAGUGCAGUGCCCAGCUGGAGGAGGAUGGCAAGGAGAAAAUAGAGCAGCCCUCAACCCAACAUUCCUGCUGUUGGGAGGGCAGGAACCACCUCUCCGGGGAUUGCACUGGUGGUGACAGCUGCGUGCACUCGGAGACAUCCAAUCCCAUUUUGAGCUGGAGUCCCCUCAUUCUGCACCCUCUUUCCAAGGACUGUAAGGAAAAACCAGGAUGGAAUUCAUCUGGAGUCAUCUUAAAUGGUUCUGGGGACCUCCGACAGCUCCAGCUGCAGGAGACCUGAGGGCAGGGACCUUCCUGUCCCCACUUUGACGCCAGGAACUGCACAGCGGAGUCGCUGCACCCAAGGGAGUGAUGGAGGGAUGUUAAUUAUAACAGAGAGAGUCACUAUUUAUUUUUUUGUAGUAGGGUCAGAUGAAUGUAUCUUGUUGUGAAAAACAAAACAAACCAAACAAGAUGGUUGCCUUUUUUAUAUUAUUUAUGCCUUGAAAUUCCCUUUUCCCACCUCCCACCAAA